AUGUGGUUUCAAUGGUUUCAAUGGUUUCAAGGGUUUCAAGGGUUUCAAGGUUUCAAGGGUUUCAAGGGUUUCAAUGGUUUCAAGGGUUUCAAGGGUUUCAAAGGUUUCAAGGGUUUCAAUGGUUUCAAUGGUUUCAAUGGUUUCAAUGGUUUCAAUGGUUUCAAGGGUUUCAAUGGUUUCAAGGGUUUCAAUGGUUUCAAGGGUUUCAAGGGUUUCAAUGGUUUCAAUGGUUUCAAUGGUUUCAAUGGUUUCAAUGGUUUCAAGGGUUUCAAUGGUUUCAAGGGUUUCAAUGGUUUCAAUGGUUUCAAGGGUUUCAAUGGUUUCAAGGGUUUCAAUGGUUUCAAUGGUUUCAAGGGUUUCAAUGGUUUCAAGGGUUUCAAUGGUUUCAAUGGUUUCAAUGGUUUCAAUGGUUUCAAUGGUUUCAAUGGUUUCAAGGGUUUCAAUGGUUUCAAUGGUUUCAAGGGUUUCAAUGGUUUCAAGGGUUUCAAUGGUUUCAAGGGUUUCAAGGGUUUCAAUGGUUUCAAGGGUUUCAAAGGUUUCAAUGGUUUCAAGGGUUUCAAUGGUUUCAAUGGUUUCAAGGGUUUCAAUGGUUUCAAUGGUUUCAAGGGUUUCAAUGGUUUCAAGGGUUUCAAGGGUUUCAAGGGUUUCAAUGGUUUCAAAGGUUUCAAGGGUUUCAAAGGUUUCAAGGGUUUCAAUGGUUUCAAUGGUUUCAAAGGUUUCAAGGGUUUCAAGGGUUUCAAUGGUUUCAAGGGUUUCAAGGGUUUCAAUGGUUUCAAGGGUUUCAAUGGUUUCAAUGGUUUCAAAGGUUUCAAUGGUUUCAAGGGUUUCAAGGGUUUCAAGGGUUUCAAUGGUUUCAAAGGUUUCAAGGGUUUCAAGGGUUUCAAUGGUUUCAAGGGUUUCAAAGGUUUCAAGGGUUUCAAGGGUUUCAAUGGUUUCAAUGGUUUCAAAGGUUUCAAUGGUUUCAAGGGUUUCAAUGGUUUCAAGGGUUUCAAUGGUUUCAAGGGUUUCAAUGGUUUCAAGGGUUUCAAUGGUUUCAAGGGUUUCAAUGGUUUCAAUGGUUUCAAGGGUUUCAAUGGUUUCAAUGGUUUCAAUGGUUUCAAGGGUUUCAAGGGUUUCAAUGGUUUCAAGGGUUUCAAUGGUUUCAAGGGUUUCAAGGGUUUCAAGGGUUUCAAUGGUUUCAAGGGUUUCAAUGGUUUCAAUGGUUUCAAGGGUUUCAAUGGUUUCAAUGGUUUCAAGGGUUUCAAUGGUUUCAAUGGUUUCAAUGGUUUCAAGGGUUUCAAGGGUUUCAAUGGUUUCAAUGGUUUCAAUGGUUUCAAGGGUUUCAAGGGUUUCAAGGGUUUCAAUGGUUUCAAGGGUUUCAAUGGUUUCAAGGGUUUCAAGGGUUUCAAUGGUUUCAAUGGUUUCAAGCGUUUCAAGGGUUUCAAGGGUUUCAAGGGUUUCAAGGGUUUCAAUGGUUUCAAGGGUUUCAAGGGUUUCAAGGGUUUCAAUGGUUUCAAGGGUUUCAAUGGUUUCAAGGGUUUCAAUGGUUUCAAGGGUUUCAAGGGUUUCAAUGGUUUCAAGGGUUUCAAGGGUUUCAAGGGUUUCAAUGGUUUCAAGGGUUUCAAUGGUUUCAAGGGUUUCAAGGGUUUCAAGGGUUUCAAUGGUUUCAAGGGUUUCAAGGGUUUCAAAGGUUUCAAGGGUUUCAAUGGUUUCAAGGGUUUCAAGGGUUUCAAAGGUUUCAAUGGUUUCAAGGGUUUCAAUGGUUUCAAGGGUUUCAAGGGUUUCAAGGGUUUCAAUGGUUUCAAUGGUUUCAAGGGUUUCAAGGGUUUCAAUGGUUUCAAG